AACACCUAAAGCGCAUUAUGUACCAAAAUUAGGUGCAUUAUACUCCGUGUAAUUAAUACGUUCCAGUAAAAUAAAAUUUUUGGAUACCUUCUCCUUGGCGUAGUGCGGUUAGUGGCUCGAGUAUAUAUAAAGACACCGGUCAGAUCAACGAAAUGCAUCCUCAGCAAGUACCAAUCGGUAUCAAAGGUAAACAGAAAGUAACAGCGAACUAUAAAGGUCACCCACCGCUCUAAUCUAACUUUCUGUAAUUGCUUAUCUGAUUUUCUCAAUAUCCUGGAAAAAUGUCCCGAUCCCUGUCAUUAUUUGCCAUUUUCUUCCUAAUCAGCUGCACAGUGCUUUGUCACGCCCAGUUUAACCGCCUCAACCGCACCCAAGUCCAGGCUUCCAUUAAAAUCAAGCCGCGUCCCGUUGGAUCCGGCCAGAUGCAGCCCAAAAUCGGCAACGUUGCCCUGCAGCCACCGGCAGAACGGAUGACGCUCCAGCGUGAAGAUCCUUGGCGAGCGUUGGAUACCCUGCGCGGCAGACAGGCCAUGUCGACGGAAGACAUUACCAUGUUUAUGAUGACCGCUGUGCCCGGUACCGAUUAUCCCGCCUACAGCAACAUUCCGGGUAAUCCGUUUUUCAACUGUGCUACCAGUGUUCAUCAGCCGGGUUUCUAUGCUGAUACUACUACAAGAUGCCAAGUUUUCCGACGAUGUGAUCCCGACGGAAACCUUUUCAGCUAUUUAUGCCCUAAUACGACGGUCUUCAAUCAGAUCACGCUAACCUGUGACUAUUUCUUCAAUGUUGACUGUGCCAAAUCACCCGACUACUACGACUAUUCUAACUCGCGUCUGUACCACGAAGGAUGGCUGCUGUUGGGCAAUUAAGCAGACGAAGCAAGACGAAAAUCUUCCCACAAUACUCAAUUAUCUUCUGAAAAACCGGAAGUACAAAAUCCAGUUUUUCAAUCAAUAGCCGCGCGUACAAUGAAAGUCGUGGAAAUACAGCGAUGCAACUGGUUUGUGCGAUGGGGCUGGCAAGGCACACUUGAUGGUCUCCGUGCGUAGCCAGUACUACUCUGUUUUUGUUUGCUCACAAUUAGUAAUUAGUGCCUUGGUGUUUAGCUAGCCUACUUAUUACACGUAACCAAAGAAUUCA